AUGGUGACUAUCAUGUUCUUGAUUAUGCUGACCAUCAUGACCGGCCAUGAUUAUGGUGAUCAUCAUGGCUAUGUUUAUCGUGACCAUCACGUCCAUGAUCAUGGUGACCAUCAUGACCCUAAUCAUGGAGACUAUCAUGAGCGCGAUCAUGGUGACCUCAAUGUUCAUGAUCGUGGAGAACACCAUGAUCACGAUCAUAGUGACCAUCAUGACCCUGAUCAUGGAGACCAUCAUGAGCGCCAUCAUGGUGACAUUUAUGACCACGAUCAUGGUGACCACCAUAACUAUGAUAAUGGUGAUAUUCAUGACCAUGAUCAUGUCGUCCAUCAUGACCAUGAUCAUGCUGACUGUCAUGUUCGUCAUCCUGUUGACCAUCAUGACCAUGAUUGUGGUGAACACUAUCACUAUGAUCAUGACCUCGAUUAUGGUGACCAUCAUGACCAUGAUCAUGCUGACCAUCAUGGCCGUCAUCAUGUUGACCACCAUGACCAAGAUCACGGUGACCAUCAUGUCCACGAUAAUGUUGACCAUCAUGACCCAGAUCAUGGAGACCAUCAUGAGCGUCAUCAUGGUGACAUUUAUGACCGUGAUCAUAGUGAUCACCAUGACCAUGAUCUGGUUGACUAUCAUGUUCAAGAUCAUGGCCAUGAUUAUGGUGAUCAUCAUGGCUAUGUUUAUCGUGACCAUCACGUCCAUGAUCAUGGUGACCAUCAUGACCCUAAUCAUGGAGACUAUCAUGAGCGCGAUCAUGGUGACCUCAAUGUUCAUGAUCGUGGAGAAAACCAUGAUCAUGAUCAUAGUGACCAUCAUGACCCUGAUCAUGGAGACCAUCAUGAGCGCCAUCAUGGUGACAUUUAUGACCACGAUCAUGGUGACCACCAUGACUAUGAUAAUGGUGAUAUUCAUGACCAUGAUCAUGUCGUCCAUCAUGACCAUGACCAUGCUGACUGUCAUGUUCGUCAUCCUGUUGACCAUCAUGACCUUGAUUGUGGUGAACACUAUCACUAUGAUCAUGACCAUGAUCAUGGUGACCAUUAUGACUCUGAUCGUAGAGACCACCAUGAGCGUUAUAAUGGUGACAUUUAUGACCAUGAUCAUAGUGACCAUCAUGGCCGUAUUCAUGUGGACCAUCAUGACCAUAAUCGUGGUGAACACCAUGACCAUGAUCAUGGGCCAGCAUGA